AUGUUUCUGGCCCCCCCGUCCCAGCAGGUCGUCCAGCAGGUCGUCCAGCAGGUCGUGUCCGAGGCGGUCCUACCUGAGCUGCAGAACAUGGAGCAGUCUGACGAGGAAGAGAUGGACACGUCUGAGCAGGACGAUUUUGACGAGGAAGAGAUGGACUACCUGGAGCAGGGACAAUCCGAGCUAAGCAUGUCCCCACUGGACAAAUGCAUGCGGUUCAACCCCGGACGCGACCGUCUGGGUGCCAAGCAGCGGAUCCUGUGCACACUCAACCAGAGUCUGAAGGACGUGCUCAACUACGGACUCUUCCAGCCGGCGAGCAACGGGAGGGACGGCAAGUUCCUGGACGAAGAGCGAAUCCUGCGAGAGUAUCCUCAGCCAAUCAGCAAGGGCGUCCCGGUUUUGGAGUUCCGCUACAAGAGUCGAGUUUACCGGCAGCCGAACGUGGACGAGAAACAAAUCGCCAAACUUCACACCAAGGCCAAUCUGAGGAAGUUCAUGGACCUCAUCCAACACAACCAGGAGGACAAAGUGUCGAAGAUGUUGGAGCGAGGCUUCGAUCCCAACUACCACGACGGUGACACUGGUGAGAGUCCGCUGACCUUCGCCGCUCACCUGGACGGAGUCGUGGAGCUGAUCAAGGUUCUGAAGAACGGAGGAGCUCACCUGGACUUCAGGGCCAAGGACGGGAUGACCUCCCUCCACAAAGCUGCUCGCUCCAAGAACCAGGUCACGCUCAUGACGCUGCUGGAGCUCGGAGCGUCUCCGGACUACAAGGACAGCCGUGGUCUGACUCCUCUGUACCACAGCGUGGUGGUGGGGGGGGACCCGGGCUGCUGCGAGCUCCUGCUGAGCCACCAGGCGGCCGUCUGCUGCCAGGACGAGAACGGCUGGCACGAGGUUCACCAGGCUUGUCGUCAUGGCCACGUGCAGCAUCUGGAGCAUCUGUUGUUUUAUGGAGCCGACAUGAGCGCCCAGAACGCCUCUGGAAACACAGCUCUACACGUCUGUGCCCUGUACAACCAGGAUAACUGUGCCAGAGUGCUGCUGGUCCGCGGAGCCGACAAAGAAGUGAAGAACUACAACAGCCAGAGUCCAUUUCAGGUCGCCAUUAUAGCCGGGAACUUUGAGCUUGCUGAGCUCAUCAAGGAUCACAAAGAGACAGAUAUCGUGCCUUUCCGUGAGGCCCCAGCCUACUCCAAACGCCGCCGGGGUCCAGCUUCCGGCAGCAGCGGAGGAAACAGCUCGUCUCCCUCGUCGUUGUCGGCUCCGCGGGUUCUGCUGCGCUCCAACAGCGACAACAACCUGAGCGUCAGUCAGUACCAGCAGCAGCAGCAGCAGCAGCCCGGCUCCCCCGGUGGCUGGGCCCCUCACCUGCAGCAGCACCACCCGCACAGGGCCCCCCAGCAGGGCCAGUCGCAGCCUGGCUCGUCGGCGUUGCACCGCAGCCUGUCCCCCCAGCUGCUCCAGCAGAUGCCCAGCGGCAGCCCCAAUGGCAACGUGGUGGUCCGGACCAUGGGGAGGGGGGCGCGGAGCCGCUCGCCCUCCCUCAGCCGGCUGGGGGAGGAGUCUCGAAGGGCCAUGGCCUCCCAGCGGCAGCCAAGUCUCAGCAGUCAUGGCGAGGGCGUGGGCACCAGGAGGAAGCUGUACAGCGCCGUCCCCGGGAGACACUUCGUGGUGGUGCGUCCCCACACCGCUCAGGCCGAGGGGGAGAUCAACCUGUACAAGGGCGACAGGGUCAAAGUUCUGAGCAUCGGAGAGGGGGGGUUCUGGGAGGGCAGCGCCCGUGGCCAGGUGGGCUGGUUUCCAGCCGACUGCGUGGAGGAGAUCCCGGCCAAGGCCACCGAGGAGAGGAGCUGCUGUGAAAACGUAACGUUAGGGUUUCUGGAGGUUCCUUAUGGAGAACAUGUCUCGAGGUUCACGACUCGGCUGUUUCUGCUGCAGGUGAACCAGGAGAACGUGGUGAAGGUCGGCCACAGGCAGGUGGUCAACAUGAUCCGCCUGGGAGGGAACCGGCUCCUGAUCAAGGUCGUGACGGUGAGCCGGAAUCUGGACCCCGAUGACACGGCACGCAAAAAAGCUCCUCCCCCGCCGAAGAGAGCCCCCACCACAGCCCUGUCCAUGCGCUCCAAGUCCAUGACCUCGGAGCUGGAGGAACUCGUGGAUAAAGCCACUCUAAGGAAAAAGAAAGGUGAUGCGCAGAAGAAGAGGAUUGUUUUCCAAGUCACUCUAAACAAAGUCGAAGAGAUGACGCACGCACAGAAGACUUCGCCUGUUGAUAUGAAGAUCGCCACAAUCAAACCACGCCCCUCCAGUCGCUGCCUGGUUACACCCACUGAUAUGAAUUCCAUGUAUCAUGACCGCCAGGGAGUAGCAGUGGUGCCCCCCACUGUUCCUGGAGCCUUCCUGGGGUUACCUGAGAAGGGCACCAUCAAGAAGCAAAAGUCAAUAGGUACAGAUGAGGAUGACAAACAAGGAUUCCUCACACCUCCGCCACUAAAGUUCUCCCGCAGCCUCUCUAUGCCUGACUCCACAGAGGACAUCCCCCCUCCUCCAGCCAUUUCACCCCCUUCGCCACCUGGCUACAACUCAGCUGCCGGCCCUACAUCCAAAGGCUACAGCACCACACGACCCAGCUUCACCCAGAACUCACCCAAUGCAGUGACCACCAUUAGCAGGGCCGGCGUUGGUACAUUGAGGCGCGGCUAUUACCGCCAGAGCUCAGAGCAGUUUGAGAGCACACGUUUACGUGGGCGUGCACCAGUGCCAGAGAACCCUUACUCCGAGGUGGGCAACAGGACAUUGUAUGUGCCAGCAAAGCCAGCUCGAAGGAAGGGCAUGCUCGUAAAACAGUCAAAUGUUGAGGACAGUCCUGAGAAGAUGUGUCGCAAGCCAGCAAGUCCCUCAGGCCCGGUCUCCAUGCCUACUACACCUGUAGAACGAACAUGCUCAUCCAUCCCCAUCCCCACAAUCAUCGUCAAGGAGCCUUCCACCAGCAGCAGUGGCAAGAGCAGCCAGGGUAGCAGUAUGGAGAUCGAGCCCACCACUCCUGAACACCCCUCUCUCACACCCACUCUUGGGAGUGGAGGUCUGCGUCCUGAAGAUCCUCAUUCUCUAGGCAACCCCUUCGCUGCAGCUAUUGCUGGGGCAGUGCGGGACCGGGAGAAGAGGCUCGAGGCAAGAAAGAGCUCAAUUACCUUCCAGUCAAUCGAUUUUGGGGAUGAUGAUUUGAGCGGUCCAACACCUUCCCCUCGCCUUCGCCAGUCAAAGUCCAUCGAUGAAGGCAUGUUUAGUAGCGACGAGCGACUUAGAAGGAUAUUGGCCCCUCCCUUUGCACGGCUUGGGCCCCCUGUAGGGGGUGGCAGUGGCAACAUGACCGAUUUUAAUACACCUGAGCCCACAGUUGUGCGGGAGCCUCUGAACACCAGAACUGGCCAGUGUCCCAACUUAGACAGUCCUGUUAGUCUCCCAGCCACUCCUCCUAAGAGCCACUACAGGGCCAAUGGAACCUACCUCCACCCUGUCACCGGCAAGCCCUUGGACCCUAAUUCUCCACUCGCUCUGGCCCUUGCAGCUCGUGACCGGGCCAUGAAGGAGCAACAAAACCAUCCACAGAGUCAGCCUCCAAACCCUCCUCAGGUUCAAACCCCCAAGCACGAAGCCCAGUCCCUUCCAGUCCAGCCAAGCCACAAACCAGACCUCAACCAACCCCUCUUUAUUGACACCAAACUACGUUCUGGCAUAGAGACUAGUUUUGCUGCAAUCUCCACAGCAACCAUGGGGCGUCCUGGCCGAGGUGGCCUGCGGAGGCAGAUGACAGAGCAGAAGUAUGAGUCUGAUGGGGCGAGAGAAGAGAGGCAGCAUCAGGCCGUCGAGGAAAGGAAAAGUGCACCAGCUGAUGUGGCGGACUCGUCACAGCCCAAGUCAACAGGGCUCUUGAUGGUCCACACCAGCACAGAACCAGGCGCCAAGGUUAACAACCAAGAUGUGGAGGGCCAGGACAGCAACAGGCCAUCAGAGCUGAAGGACCCUAACCAACCGGAUCCACACAACCCUCCGACUCUCUCCAAUCCCCAGCCACCCUCAUCACGGGGGAGGAGCGUUCCUUUAGGUGAAUCCUUGGAUGAACCAGUGAAGCUGCCAUUCCGAAUCCCCCCUCCCCCCCUGGCCUCAGUUGAUAUUGAUGAAGACUUUGAGUUCACGGAGCCCCUCCCCCCACCACUGGAGUUUGCCAACAGUAUUGACAUACCUGAUGACCAGGCUAGUGCCAUUGCAGAGAUGCUUCAGCAACAGAGACGAAAUGGGGGACCUCGAUUACCCCCCUAUGAUCCUCACGCCCCACCACCGGUUGUUGAUCAACUCAAACGGGUGGCGAACCGCAUGCCCCCCUCAUAUCCUCCUCCUCCACCGGAACAAGAGUCAGGGGUGGGUGACUCGGGCAUCGAAGAGGUAGACAGCCGCAGUAGCGGGGAUCCUCAGCACAUGGAGACCACCAGCACCGUUUCCAGCAUCUCCACCCUGUCGUCAGAGGGAGGCUUCUGCGACAGCGCUCUGGAGAGCCUCUAUGCCACUGCAGACGGACAUGCCUUCCUGGUGGAUCGGCCCCCAGUGGCGCCCAAACCCAAGGGCAAGUCUGUCAUCAACAGGACAUCACUUUAUCAUGACGCACUCAUUGAAGAGCCUCCAGAGUCCUAUGGGACUCCACCGCAGGUCCCGCCCCCUCCCCCUUCAUCCUCGGAACCUCCUAGAACUCCUACUCAGAGGACAUCCAAGCUGUGGGGCGACCAGCCCCCAGAGCUGUGCAGCCCCCCAUCCACACCAGACAGCAAGAACACCGUCAUCACCGAGCUGAGCUCCAUUCUGCAGCAAAUGAAUCGCGACAGGCCGCCCAAGCCAGGAGACAGCCUCGACUCCCCCACCGGGACCAGGGGGGCCUUUGGAACAAGGACCCCCACAGAAGACUCAGGAAUGCGUAAUAACGCCGCUGCUGCCGCCCCCCUCACCUCCACCCCCCCCAGCAGCCUCCCGUCCCAGACGCACCCCUGCAGCCCCCCCGACUCCGUCUCCUCCCUCACCCCCUGCUCAUCACUGCCUCCAUCAGUGUCGCCCACCCUCACCGACGUCUUCGGCCUGCCCACCCCGCCCAUGGGCAGCGGCGGCGGCUACAGCCUGAGCUCCUCGUACGGAGGCAGCGGCAGCUCGCGCUCCCCCUCGCCGCUCACGCUGAUGCAGGCGGUGGCGGCCUCGGGGAAGCCCUUCGCCUCCAAACCCAUGGAGCUGUGGAGCAAGCACGACGUGGCCGACUGGCUGGAGAGCCUGAACCUGGGGGAGCACAGGGACGCUUUCCUGGACAAUGAGAUCGAGGGGGCCCACCUGCCCUCGCUGCAGAAGGAGGACCUGAUAGACCUGGGGGUGACGCGGGUGGGCCACCGGAUGAACAUCGAGCGGGCCCUCAAGCUGCUGCAGGACAGAUAAGCCUGGAGGAGACGGCUGAGGAGUUGGGAGAGGAGCCACCACUUCUACCUUCUCCUCAUCAGACACGAUCUCAAGUCCUGGAACUGCCUCGAAGUUUCGCUGAUGCUGCCUCUUGACGGUUCGGUCCUCUCCUCCUCCAGAGUCGCCCUCAUCUCAGUGCUCCCUCCUCCUACUCCUCCUCCUCCUCCUCCCCCCCCGCCCUGAGCUCCAGAGGAUCAGGGGAUCUGUGGAGGGACUGCUGAGGCAACGGAGAAGACAACAGCUGCUAUGUCACAUCAUGGAGGGAGAAGCAGAGGACGCCAGUGUGAAGACACCUGAAGACAAAGACAGUUUGUCCUCAAACACUGGAACACUCACCUGGAGGUUUCACACUCAGACUCUGCUCAACCCUCUGCUUUGGAAUACUGAAGACUUUUUCCAUACACCCCGGUGAGGGUGCAUGAAAACCAGCUGAGCUGGUCGUUGCUCCUUUUCUAUCUUUGCUAGAGUUUGUUCAGAGAUAAUAUUUCUUCACUAGAGUCCUACCAGUUAUAUUUCUGGUUGCAUCUGAUGUUGUAGAGAAAAUUUUAGAUAGACUCCAUUUUUUUUGCUUUUCACCUGUUUGUGUCAAAGUGAAAACAUUAGUUGACAUGUUGAAACAAAUACUAAAGCAUAUCUCGACCAUGCACACACACACACACACAAACAAACACACACUGUCCUCACUGAUGUGCACACUCUUAGCAUGCAUACACACACAUUGUUGCUGUAAUGGCCGUCUCCUGGGGGGAGUGGCACUCGGUGGUCACCAGAGGAGACGCUCUACUGC